AUGAGCUCGUUUGCAGCGGCAGGGGAUAUCUGUGGCGUUCGUGGAGCAACUUAUCGAUUUCAGACUCACCAACUGCUUUUGAGAGGUGUUGCUGACUCUUGUGUGUCUGGUGUUCCCACAUACACUGUUUCUGAAGCUCAACCUCCUGCGGGGAAUUCCACUGCAGGGUCACGAGUGCAACGGCUGUUGCAGCAGCAGCGGUUGCAACAGGAGGCACAGCCGCAGCAAAAGCAAACGCAGCAAUACCAUGAGCAGCAGCAUGCUUGCGCUGCCAGUCCUCUAAAUGCUUUUGACCCAGGAAGAGUAUUAGAAGGGGCGUCAGGUCCAGAGAAAGGCUCCUCAGUGUUGAAUACAGCAAUAGUGACUUGGGGCGCGGGCUCGUCGCCACGGCCGGAGGACAUCAAGGUGCAGCGACGACAGGAAGCAUCAGGACUACCUGCUGAUUCAUCCCCCUCAGAAGGUAGGAAGCGACAUCAACAGCUGGGCAGUACCACAGGAGCACCAGAAGAUACGGCUUUCGCCACUUCCGACCUCUUUCCGAGAACCUCGUUACAACAGCAACUGCACCUGCAGCAGCAACGACUGCAAAAACAGCAGCAGCAGCAACAGCAACAGAGCCAGCGUGCUUAUUUGAGCGGCAAAACAUCGGGCGUGUUUAUUGCAUUUAGGCAGCUUGCGGCUGCUGCUGCAGCUGGUGCUGCCGCUGCUACAAGGAAGAGGUCUGCUCCGUCGUCUGGCCCUGGAUUGCAGUCACCAACGCACCGGCAACAGGAAGAGAGACAGCAGCGCGAGUCACUGGUACAGCUACCUUUGCUAACUUCUGCUUCAAGAAGCUCUCCACCUGCAGAUGCCAUCAAGCAUCACCGCGCGACACACGAUGUUGGAAAUACCAGACCUGAUGUGGCAGCUGCAGCUGCAGCAUCUUUAGCUGACGCAACUUCUGCGAGACUUUUGGAAGUCUCGUCAGCCUCCACAAGUGGGGCACGUUCUCCUGUUAUGCCAGCAGCAGUGGGGAUGCAGCAUCCGCUGAAGGCGGGACAGUGGCAGCAGCUUGAAGAUGAAGUGGUACCGAGUGCUGGUUACACCGGCGGCUCGUCUGCAGUCUGGAUUAUGCAGUGGUGCUAUUCUUUAGGCUCAUGCACUGCAGCAGCAACCCACAGAGGCCAAUUAGGUCCGGCAGCCUUACGGGGGGAGGCGGCGUCGGAUGCAGCGGAGGCAGCCAGAUGCCACUGCGUCGCAUCACGCAUGCCUGUCCUGCUGCGCGAUCAGCCUUCGCACCGACGGCAACGAGGGCAGCAGCAUCAGCAGCAGCAGGAAGAGGUACGAGUAAUCACCGUGCUCCAGCAGCGGCUGCUGCUACUUUGCUGCACGGAGGGUAGCUACCCUCCGCAGCUUAGGAGUGCUCUGCACCAGGAACUGGAGUACCAUAUGUUUAGAGCCGCCACGGCAAAGCGUGACCCAGCUGUUGUACUAGGAACAGGAGCAGCACUCGGUAAAGCACAUCCAGCGAACAAGGAAAGGGGCGGAGAGAAUGUUGCUGCAUCGGGAGACGAAACCACUCCACACACUGGAUGUGAGGACACUGCAGAAACAACAUCUCUAAAAGGUGCAGCUGCUGAACCUGCGGCUACUACAGACUCCUUACCAAGUCCACUUGCAACCGAUGGGGCAAGACAAGAGCAACACAAACUGCAUCUGCGGCAAGACGAAGGGCGGCAGUCCUUGAAACUGUCCUCGCAGUCCGAUGGGGAGCGGGGCGGAGAGCAGGCCAAAAGUGGAAAACCGGAAGGCGUGCAUCAUCAACAACAGAUGAAGAAUAAGCAGCAACAGCGGCAAGAACACCAUUCAAUUAAUCAGCACGGGGAGCAGCAGCACGAACUCUCAUCAAAAUGGGGAGGACAGCUUGUGUCGUGGACGUGGCGGCGGUCGUGCAUGCGGCAACGCCAGCCCUUAGAGCGCGAAGCAGCUGCGGCAGCUGAAGGAGUAGCAGUGGCAGCGGCUGCACUGUGUUACAGACCUCCAGCGCCUACGUCACUUGCAUUGCAGCUUUUGCUGCUGCUACUUCCACACGAUCUCGCAGUGCGCCUCCUCGCCAACACGACUGCGCAGUGCCAGCAACCUCAGCGACAGCAGCAACCGCAUCAGGUACAGCAAGCUGUGGGGCAGCAGGUGGACACGGAACAGCCGGGGAAGCUGCUCCAGCGUGAAGAGCCAAAGCGUUAUGCGGCGCACCAGGAACUGCACUACGGCAGCUGCGCUCCUCAUGCGGAGGGGCUACGAAGUGGGAACAGCUGCGCAGUGCCUUUUGACGGUGGCAGUUUGGUUGCUCUUGAGUUUGCAGGGGCGGUGGACGAGUCCGAGCAGCAGGAGGGAGCAAUAGACGGACUGGGAACGCAAAAGGGCGUGCGCAGUGAGCUACAUUCAAAGGAGCAGCAACAGGACGAACAGCUGUCCCGGCAGCACGUGAAACAGCAGCAGGACACGCAGCAGCAUGAUAACAUAGAUGGGCGAAUUCAGGAGGGCCAGACACUGCAAGAGGAUCGGGGUUCCCAGCAACUACAAGAGCGUAAGGAGGAUGCACAGACGGUAGCAGUUCCGCAGCGCCACAGUCGCUUGGAUCAAGAGCAACAACGGCAAAAGGAACUGGUGAAACAGCAGCAGAACCUACAAGAGGAGGAUGGCAACGCCGCUAAAUCGGCGGCGCCCGCUGCUGCUGCCGCCGGGAAAUUCCAUGCGAAUUCGCAGGACCCUCUAGCGAAGUCUGUUGUUGGGGGGAUCCUCGGGGCCCCUCAACUGUAUGGGAGAGGUUUCGUGCAGGGCAAACAGCUGCCCGCAUCUUUCUUGCGUCUGCACUUCAAUUUUGCAUCGCUCGACGCGGGAGCGCGGGUCAUUGCCUCGAGUCCUGGGAUGCAGCACAUUAAGGCGGUGCAACGGCCAGACGCAGAUACGUACAUGCUUGUACCCUGCUACGUCCCAUCCAAGUACUUCGUCCUUUCUUUUUCGGAGACACUAAAAAUAGACUUCGUAGUGAUGCAGUCUUUCGAGAUCUACGCCAAUGCCUUUUGGCAUAUUCAGCUACUCGGGGCUGACACGUAUCCAACACGGCAGUGGCGCCUCAUAGCAAACCUUCAGACUGCAGCGGAUGUCUCUUCGGAGCUCUUCGAUCUCAAAUCCGAAUGUGCUGCCCUGAGCAGCUGCUGGGUAAAGUUUCUUAAGGUUCGGCUUCUGACCCACCAUGACGAGGGUCCUCAUUACUACUGCUCCCUUACCUCCUUCCAGGUCUUCGGAGCGACAGGCGUUCAGUUCCUUGAGACGCAAAUCCACGAUGAGUUUGGCGAAGCCGCUCAUGGGACCGACGGGGAGGUCUCUGAAGGGUUCGUUUCUUCGAGCGGCCCUCUUGCUGUUGGUACAUCUGCUGUUAAUGAAGCUGCUGGUGAUUCUUCAAUCGUCGCUACAAAGGAUUUUCGAGAAACUGCUGUGGAGGCUUCUCUGCCCCUAGUCAGUUCAGACCAGUCCGGCUCUCAUGAAGGGACUACACAGCAACUGGAAGCAGCACAAAGCGUGCCUUGUGUUUCUAUCGGCUCCCUAGGCGAGCAGGAACGGGCGAGAGAACGCAGGGGAGUUGGUGAACUGCCGCAGCAUCUCGAAGAGAUGCAGGGCAGCGCCGCUAGUGCUGCCUCUGUGGAGCGUUUGGAUAAGCGUAUUCCCGUCUCUAAGGAUGCCACUGCUUCUUCGGAGGCGGACGGCCUCCAUAACAGCACGGAAAAUUCUGGAGUAAUUGACACACAACGGGAGGCGCCUUCGAUACCUGGAGAACGCCAGCGGAGAGGCCUCUCAGCUGGGAUACACGGAGGCUCACCGUUUGAUGCUCUCAUAGACGGUGCUUCCCUUGCUGCUGUUUCAGCAAGCGCUGAGACAGAAAUUGCCCCGCAACGGGUAGCGCAACAGCAGCAGCAGCAAUUGCAUAGUCUACCGCAAGUUGAGGAAGCGGAGAAAGAAAGCGCCGCUGCGUUGAAUGCACUGUCUGGUGCACUUGAGAAAGCCUUGCAACAGCAGCAGCUUCUUAAGCAGAAACGCCAAAGGCAACAACAGGAACAGGUUGACCUUCAACAUGAAAUCCUAGUAGGCGACCCGGCCUGGGCAGAUAUGAGCUACCCUUCUUUGUCCAUUCCUGGCCUCAGGGAGCUGCUUAGUUUCAGAAGCGGCUUAGUAGACCCCACUCUAUGCAUUGCUAGCAACGGAAACAACGCCAGGAGCGUUUGGAAGGGCUACCAUCCGCUCAUUCAGCCAUCAACUAGCCGCUACAUCUGCAUCCCUCUGGCGGAAGGAACACCGACGACUGGGGCUUCAACGACUGCUCCCCCGGCGAAUAAACCCAGCGCGGCUCAUCAGGUUCAUCUCGUCGCUGCAAACGCGAGUCCUAGCAAGAGCAGCAAGCAGUUGCAAGUAGCUGACGCGGCAACAGAGGCGCUGCGACAGGCAGCUGCCUACGCAAGAGCCUUCCUCUUGGACGCGCUGCAACACCAGCAGCCGCAGCUGCAGCAGAGUCCGAUUGGCGCAGCCUUCCUGCGCUUCCUCAUGACUACGACGCCAGGCGAGCAAGACCAGCAGACGGAGAUACUCCGAGUGUUGUCGCUGCUACUGCAGCCGCCCUCGAUGGACAUGAGCUCAAACAGCGGGGCAGUCAGUGGGGAGGCGGUGAGAGGAGGAAUGGCGGCGGCACCGCCGUUGGGCCCGCGAGAUUCGAAGGGCGAGCACGUAUUGGUAAUGCUGUUAGAGAGAAUGAAGUCUCUGGAGGGGGAAACUGCAGCAUUUAAGGCCGCGGCUGCUGAACGUCAGCAACAGCUACAGCUACAGCAGCAACACCUGUUGCACCUUUCGCUUCUUGUCCAGCUGCAGCAGCAACUGGGGUCCUUCCUGUUUGAACGUUUAGCUGCGUUUGACGGUCUCAUCCCCCACUUGAACCCCUUGGUGCAGCUGCUCGACGAUUCCGAGGCCGCAGCAACAUCGUCGGCAGCAGCGGCACAAGAAGGGGAAGCGCUUAGCGGCACUGUCCCUGCAGCCGCAGAGCAACAGGUCGACCCUCACUGCAGGAGAAUUGAUAGUAACAGCGGUCUCAACAACUUUGGGAAGCGCAAAGAGGAACAGAGGCAACCGCAUCACUGUCGCCACACUGCAAGACAGCGCAGCUGGGGUUGGCCAUGGGAUGCAUUAAAACGGGAGCUGCUGCAGUCACUGGAGUGGGUGUGGCGGUGGCUAUUAUUGCCUUUGGUGCACUGGGGAAGCUACGUUGUCUUUGCUGUUAGAGUAGCACCAAGGUUGCUGCAGGAGUUCUUUUGCAGUGACGCUGAGUCUGCAGUGGUUCAGCAGAGCUGCGCAGCAGCAGCUAGCCUCUAUUUUGGGAUUACGUCGGUUGCAGGAACAGUUGCAUAUGGUGCAACAGUCGGAGCCGACAUCGCGUGCCGGGGCCUUUCUGUCAUUGCAGCAUUCGUGGCGACGGUGUGGACUCGGCUGUUCGCUGCUGUGAACCAGGGGCCUCUUCCACUCUCUCAUGACUGGUCCACCGGCAACGGCAGCAGUCCCUGGACCGAAAGGCUUCUGAUGCUUCAAGAACGAGAAACACAUCAAGGUGUAGAUUCAUCUGUUGCGACUCCGCUCUUGCUGCUCCUGGUUUGCUUUUUCGCCGUUAGUGGCGCAUUCUUCUGGCGACUCCGUCGUGGACAGCGAGUUGCUGCUGCAGCUGCUGGCGAGUGCGCUUUGUUGCGCCGCUCCUUUGAGCUGCUGCAACAGCAGCAUCAGGCACUGGUACAUCAGCUGCAACAGUGCAAGAGGGAACAGCAGCUGCUUCUGCUGCUGACGGCAAACCAUCAGAGUGGCAGCUCCUCCCGAGUUUUUUUGCGUCGCACAGAGUAUGAGACGUACGAAACUGACGUCCAGCAGCGGCAACGAAAGGAAGUUCAGCUAGACGUUCCCGUGAAGGCGGAACUGUCUGCAGGGAUUGUGCGGACUGCAGCUGCCCCCCAAAAUGAGACUUUAAUGGAGGCUCCAGAGCCAUCUGCAUCUUCGUUGAGGAGCCAAGCCCAGCGAGAAGCAGCAGAUGCACCAGGGCCAUCUCUCCUGCGGCGGCUGUCUACUUCUCUAGCCCCUAGAGUAUUCCUCGGGCUAUCUCGAAACACAGGACGCCGACCCCACGUGGCGACUGCAAACUACGAGGGCAGCAGUAGCCGCAGUAUCAACCCCAGUGUUGACAAUGCUGGUGCUUCGCAACCAUCAGGGCAGGGUGGCGAUGCUGUGCUUCCGCAGCGCCGAGGGAUCAUGCUCCAGCAGCGCGAAGGUUACGGCGGGCCUCAAGAGCAGCACACUCAGCAGGAGCAACAGUUGCAGGUUGCCGCUGCGGCGCUGCUGCCAGCACUUGAUACGAAAGCUAUGAGGAGUCUCAAGCUUCAGCGCCACACUUUACGGCAGCGACGCCAAGGGGGUGCCACAACUCCGAUGGCUUCUCCUGCUGCAGCAGCUGUAACGGACGGAGACACGCUUUUGCUGUCUCCUUCAAUAAUCGGUACUGGAAUCUCGUCACACACGCAAAAUGCCUACAUAUCGACAGGGGCAGAACCUGCCCCAGCUACAACCUCCUCGGCAGCCCCUUCGCAAAGUAGCAGCAGCAGAAGCAGCAGCGUCUGCAGCACGAGCGGUAGUCUACAUAUGGUGGCAAAUUCAUAUUUGAAGUCACUGUGGGCGUCGCAGCUCGCGCGAAGCAACGCAAUGCCGCAUGCUUCCCCUUUCUUGCAGUUGACUCAGCGCCAGAUGGAUCUAACUCGCGCUGUAAGGCCCCGACAUAGCGCUGAAGCGGAGGUAAGGGCGUCAAUCAACCCUAGCAGCAGCAGCAGCAGCAAUAGCAGUGUCUAUGGGGGCUCCUGUUACGUAGCUCCCUUAUCAGGGGCUUCACAGGGACGCAACUUCAGGGGCAGCAUGCCGAUGAGCAUCCCCGCGGCGGGCAGGAGCGUGACUGGUGGCGAGACGCCUGACCAGUUUGGGACAGGAGCAGAGGGUGAGGUUCAGCUAUCGGUUGCUAGGAGUUGCGGGAGCGGCGAAACCAGCGUAACUGGCGAUAGUUGCGAAAGCAGCACAAGCAGGGUUUCUCCAGAUGCGUUUUCGGCCAGUGACCCAGUCAAUGCGAUGGAAUUAACGCAGCAGCGAGGAAUUCCUCGUGGCAGGAGAUACCCACGCAUUGGCACUAAAGCUGCAGGGUCUUCUUUGCGGCAGAUUCCUGGUACACUUGCUGUGAUCUCUGCAGGUGCCUUACCAGUCGCUCAUGCCGAGUCGAGUGCACCCGACUUCGCCAGACGCAGUGAAUUCACGAGCGAGGUAGUAUCUAUCGAAGCCAUUGGAGCCGCUGUUAUGGCACCUGUUUCUGAAAUCAGUCCUUCUGCCGAGCUUCAGCAGACACAGCUUUUACAGCCGCAGGAGCAGCAUCUGCCAGCUGCUUUGGCCGCCAGCGGGGGGCGUGAUGGCCGCCGCCGGCGGAAGAAGCGCGGUGCUUCGUGA